AUGUCAAAUCUCUCUAAACUUGAAUUUGUAGCCCUGGAUAUAUCGGGCAAAAGCUACAUGUCUUGGGUGCUUGAUACUGAAGUUCAUCUUGAUGCGAUGGGUCUGGCAGACACCAUCAAGGACAAAAAUCAAGCAUCAAACCAAGAUAGAUUUGACCACCUGAAGAUGGUCGUUCUUCCACAGGCACGUUAUGAUUGGACUCAUCUAAGGCUACAAGAUUUUAAAUCUAUCAGUGAGUAUAAUUCUGCUAUGUUUAGAAUUAUUUCUCAAUUGAAAUUAUGUGGUGACAAUAUUACUGAUCAUGAUAUGUUGGAGAAAACUUUCACCACUUUUCAUGCCUCGAAUAUGCUCCUGCAGCAGCAAUAUCGAGAGAUGGGAUUCAAAAAGUAUUCUGAAUUUAUCUCACAUCUUCUUGUAGCCGAACAACAUAAUGAGCUAUUAAUGAAAAACCAUGAAAGUCGACCUACUGGUUCUUGUCCAUUCCCUGAAGUGAAUGAGAGGAACUUCCACCAAGCUAAGCGCGGAAGAGGUCGUGGCCCCAGUCGUGGUCAUGACUGUGGUCGGGGAAGAAACUUUAAUCAUGGUAAUAAUAAUGCACCAAAGAACCCUCCUCACCACCAGCAGUGGAAAAGGAAGGAACAAAAGCAUGAAGCAGUGCAAGCUCCAAAUGUAGAAAAUACAUGCUAUAGAUGUGGAGGAAAAGGGCACUGGUCACGUACUUGUCGUACGCCAAAGCACCUGGUUGAGCUUUAUCAAGCCUCCUUAAAGAAGACAAAGAAAAAUACUGAAGCAAAUUUUAUUUCUGAAGAUAAUUUAGACUUCAUGCAUUUGGAUGUAGCUGAUUGCUUUGCACUCCCAGAAGGAGAAACAAGUCAUGUGAUCGGUGGUGAAUCUGUAGAAAUGUCAAUAUUUUAA